AUGUGAUGUGUAGAAAUUAUGGCUAUAAUUUACAGUCAUGUCUGCAGGAUUGCAUCACAACAAAUUUAUAAUAUGGUAUAGAAACUGUUACCUUAUCCUAAGCUUUCACUGUAGAAUUUUGCAGGAUUACUGCAGUGAAGUAUAUAACAAGAUUCAGGAAGGUUUUCUCUUGGCUUUUUUUUGUUUCAUAAAUCUAAGAAAAGAUAAAAAUUGUAGGCCUACAUUACAACAAAAAUGAGUAAGGAAAAUGAAGAAUGGAAUUUUGUAUAUAAAAUAUUCUCAUCUUUGGAAAGAUUUCAUAUAAAUCCAUACCUUAUAAUGCUAAAAGUGACUUUAUUCAUGAUGUAUGGUGCGACAGCAUCUUUAUUGCCAUACCUGACUAUUCACAUGCAGAGCAUUGGAUUGACAGUUGAUGAAAUCUCAAUGGUAUACUUGGCGCUACCACUCACAACAUUCCUCAGUCCCCCUAUCACAGGCUACUUGAUAGACAAGUUUGGGCAGUACAAAUUUGUGAUGGUGCUAUCACUCAUCCUCAAUGCUGCUUUUCAUCACUCUCUGCUUCUUAUUCCGCACAUGGAGACACCUGGAGAGAUGCCGUCUGCUUAUGUCACAAAGCAUCCAGAGACGGGUCAGUUUGAGGUAUGGUGGAGUCCAUGCCCAAGCCGAGAGUGCCCAGAGGAGGAGGAGUUGGACAUGAUAUUGGCUGACUGCAUGGACCACUGCCUGCUAGCAGACAACCCAACAUUACGGACAGAGAGUAAAAAGCAGGCUAUAAUCGCACCAACAGCCAUCACCCCACCUCAGGUUGAUACCACGAGCACCAUUAUUGUGGGGAACCUUGCCUGUUCCAUGCAGCAAAAUACAACACCUUUGGUUGUUAAAAAGGACCUUCAUUUUCUCUUAGAGAAAGUUGAGAAGAAGAAGCACAAAAAAAGAAGAAAACAUGGAAGGAAAGAUGGGCCAGCAACUGGGAUUGAACCUCCACGGAAAGGCACAAAGAAGGCAGAAUUAAUGGCUGCAUUCUUUCUGAUAGACAUGCAUCAGAACCUUGAGAAGCCACCUGAAAGUCUGGGCAUUGAGAUGGAGCCCGAUGAUAAUGGCACUUCAGACUUCCGUCAAAGGUUUGGUGAGAAGUUGUUGCGAGAAGCAGGAGUCAACUUGACAGAAUUGGAAGAGGAAGAUUUGCGAUGUGGGGGGCUGCUGCUUGCUACUAACCUCACUUAUAACACACUGAAACAGCUGGCUGAAGACUGCAUGUUGCAGAAAUGCAGUUUCAGGGAAGGUGGUCCUGAAGUUUGCCCACCAGACUACAAGGAAAGUGAUGAUCGCACGUUUUGGAUCUACUUCUUCCUGCGCUUUGUGGGGACUGUGAUGUUGUCUGGUGGGGUCACCAUGCUUGACCCCAUUGCAUUGACUAUGAUACAGAAGUAUGGUGGAGAGUUUGGGCGUGAAAGGCUUUUCUCUACUAUUGGCAUGGCCAUAUUCUCUCCUCUCGCUGGACUGCUCAUGGAUCAGAGUAGCAGUCAGUUGAAUUACACAGAUUAUUCAGCUGCUUUCUACACAUAUGACAUCUUGCUGGGGAUUUCAGCAAUCACAAUUCUUUUAAUGCCCCUUGGAGUGCAUCUUCCAGCUGACAACAUCAUGCGAGACCUUCUGCGUAUCGUACGGUUGCCACCUGUCCUCCUCUUCAUCUUCUUCUUAUUUGUACUUGGUAACUUUUGGGGCUUCAUUGAAUCCUUCCUGUUCUUAUACCUCAAGGAACUUGGAGCCUCCAACUAUUUGCUUGGUAUUACAGUAACAGUUGGAUCAUUAAGCAGCAUUCCAUUCUUGUAUGGGGCUGGAAAAAUCAUGCAACGGUUUGGCCAUGUUAAUAUCAUCAUCAUAGCCUUCUUUUCACAUGCAGCACGCCUCAUGGGCUACUCCUUUAUCGAGAACCCAUGGUGGUGCUUCCCAUUUGAAGCAAUUGAAGCACUUGCUGUUCACCUUAUGUGGAUUGCUGCUGCCACCUAUUGUGCAGUUUUGGCACCAAAGACACUUCUUGCAACACUCAUUGGUGUCUUAGGAAUGGCACAUUUCAGUUUAGGUCGUGGGAGUGGUAGCUAUGUGGGUGGCUGGCUGAUCAGUGUAAUGGGCACCAGGGAGUCCUUCCGCCUCAUGGGAUUUCUGGCCAUUGCCGGUGGCGUAGCUUAUGGACUACUUCAUUACUUCUGGUUGCGAAAAGUAGAACUAAAUGGAAAGGAUGAAGAUGCAGCAGCUACUACAGCAGAAUGUGGUGAAGGAGACCACCUGAACAGUGAAGCUGGUGAUACUGGUGCACCCAGUAUAGAAAGGUUAAGUCUUAUUAUUGAGAUGAACCACCAUAGGUCACUGACCUCACUUCAUGACAGCAGCUGCAGUGUGUGUCCAGCCUUGGAACACAGACAUCAUGGAAGUGCUUCAAAGGACGUAUUACAGUCUGAACUUGAAGUAAAGCACAACAUAGCAUCCAACCCACAACUGAACCACAACAACUCUGUUGGUAAUUCCAUGAAGACUGGCGGAGAACUGUUGAUUAAGAAAAAUGCUGAGAAUUCUCCCAAGCCAGGAAAAUUUAUUUCCAUAUCUUUGCCCUCUGAAGUGUGGCAGAACUAUCAUGACUAUAUUCAACAAGUGGAGAUUGAAGAAGAUAAAAGGCUUCAGGAGAAUGCCAGACAAAUUGCAAGAUGUCUGAAAGAAGGUGACGCGUAGGAAGCAUUUACAGAGAGAGGAAAGAUACAAGGCUUCAUUUGUGUAGAUCUUAAAACUUCUACUUUAGUAAACCUACUUAGUCUGAUGCAUAUAAUUAAAGCAUGCACUUUUCCUAAUCAUGGUAAUGAACCUUUGGGUUCCAUGAAAGGCGAGGAAUUUAUUGACUAGCCGAGUACACUAUCAGCUUCUCGAGAAGGACUCUGCUCAAUACAUUUUGAUAAUAUAAAUUUUUAGUAUAUCAUGUUUGUAAUUUUAAAUAUAUAACAAAAUACUUCAUACAGAAUUAUUAGAUAUGUUCUACCUCCAUAUGAAAUGUGGUAUGCCUUGCUACAACAUUUCAUAAACUUUUGCUACAAAUGAAAAAAGUAAAUAUAGAUUCCAUAAAGCUGUCACAUUUAUGUUUUACAUUCCACACAGACACAUAUGAAAAGGCUGCAAACCAACUUGUAAUGAUUUUUGGGUGUUUGCUACCUCCAUCAUUAGGGCGAUGAGUCACCUCAUCACCCUGAUGAUGGAGGCAGCAUCUGAUAUUUGGUAAACUUCUACCAGACUGCAUGGUGCUAUAACCCAGCAGAUAGCCAUCUUAAUGAACUUCUGCUAACACAAAUGAUCCAGUUGUUCUGAAAGAUUACAAACAUGAAAGAAUUAACCUGUUUUCAGGAACUAUUUAACUGUCAGGAUCAAAAUAAAUGACUAAACAUUUUCCAGCUUCCAUAUUUCAGUUGCAACAUUUACAAUAAGGAAUUGUACAGACAGUAAAUUUACAGUGAGGGGUAGAUGAAAUAAGUCCAUUUAAAUGUAAGAGAUUCAGUAGGGAUUCAUGUACAUGAAGGUGGGAAACACUAAAAUGUAUCUUGUGCCCAAGCAAACGAUGGACAAAUAAAUAAAUAUUCAUAACUAAUCAUUA